AUGGACCAUAUCCCACUACCUCCCGGUGCUGCUCCGCCGGUUGUCAUGUACGUGGCCGGAGACUAUGAGCCUGGGGAUUUCCCAUCCUUUCCCGAAAGAAAAGGAAAAAGCCGGAUGCUGGACACAUUGGACUUCUCACAAGCAAGCCCUGAGGAAUGGCAAGCCUUCUUUCAAACCUGGCUCUAUUUCGGCUGUCUCAUCGAGAUCUUCAAGGUAGUCGGCCUGGACGUCAACCAAAAUCGUUUCGUGAGAGAAACCGAAUCUGGCCCCGUAGUCGACUCAACCGCCUUGCACGUCUAUAUUGAUGAGUGGAAGUUCCGGGAUACGGCGUAUUCACGUACCGAAAACCGCCAGGCUGUAUGGGGCCGGAUCUGUUCCAUUUUAGACCAGGUCCGGGCGGCGCUGAACCAUCCGGUCGAAGUCUUCAACAAAUACCUUGCUACGACAGGAGCCGAGCUUCCGAAUUGGCCCAAUAUUGCACUUUCUAUCGGCCUUCUGGGAAGGACACUCCAGGAAGUCGGAUACCGUCUCAGAUACGCGGCACCCAAGGACUGGCACCAGUAUAAAUGGGGCAGCCAUGCAAUCCUGCAAGAUCGGCUACGACGAUCCGGGUGGUGCGGGGCCGAGAUCAAACGGUUCUUGGCCCAUGAACCCAUGGACUUUGUCUACUAUGUUGGGGCGAUGACCUCCCCAAGAGCGCAGGAUGAUCAUGGCGAGUGCGAAGAGACGGUUUGCCGGGCCAAGGCCAAGGCUGCCAGCGCAUACCGGACUCGCCACGCCCCUGGUUGCGCCGGCGGGGAGGCGUGUGUGUUUUGGGACAUGCCAAAAGAGAGCAUCAAGAUUGUUGAGCACCGGGGGAUACCGCUGGCUCGUUGGUCUGAUGGUGGACUCGAAGUGAUCAGGCUCGACAAGGAGAAGGCAAUGCCAUAUGUUGCCAUCUCACACGUGUGGUCCGACGGGAAAGGAAACGCGGCUCGGAACGCGCUCCCUACAUGUCAGCUGCGGCUCAUUCAGGGGAAGAUCGACAAACUCUACUCGGUUCCCCGUAGGAGUCCAAGGCCCGUGAUCAACAUGUAUGGCCCAAAGGAGCUUCACGCCUUCCGUGAUCCCUGGAGACAGCCAGUCGGGUUCUGGAUGGACACCCUCUGCGUGCCUGCGGGUGAUAAGGAGCUACGCAAGCAAGCUAUAAACCAGAUGAGAGAAAUCUACGAGGGCGCUGACCGAGUCCUCGUGCUUGACGAUUGGCUCGAGGAUCUCUCUCUUUCGAGCAGCAUUUACGAGAAGGCCACACGCAUUUAUCUGUCCAACUGGCAGCAUCGGCUCUGGACGCUGCAGGAAGGGGCGCUUGCCCAACAACUAUCGAUUCAGUUCAAGGAUGGGCCGAUGACGCUUGACGAGAUAAAGGAUGAGUCUUUUCAAGCUGAGUCAAAUGGACCGAGCCCGCAGUUCUACUGUGGCAUUACUCGCGGUUUAAGCGUCGUGCCCAUUUUCAAUCUCUAUUUUGCGCUGGACAAGGGCGUUGUUCCUGCCGUGGGCGACCUGUUCUCGCCCCUCAUCCCAACCAUUCAAGACCGGGCAACAACUAAGCUCGAAGAUGAAACCGUGUGCAUGGCAACCCUCCUGCGUCUGGACACAGAGGGGUUACAAACAAUAUCCACAAGCUCGGCCGAAAGAAAGCAAAUGACAGAGACAGAGGCUGCCAUCGACGAUGCCCGGAUCUGUGCCGCACGAAUGAAGAAGUUCUUGUGCAUGGUCGGGUCCUUCGAACAGAGGAUCAUCUUCAACCACCUACCCCGGAUGACGAUCGACGGCUUCCGUUGGGCUCCACGCUCUUUCCUCGGCCAGUCAAAGCCGUUACUGGUCGCUACGGCUGACAGUGGCUGGAACCGGAAAGAACGUCAUCCACCCGCGACGAUAUUGACCGAGAGAGGCACGAAUGGAGAAGAUGAUGGGAGUGCUGGUGGCCUCGUUGUCACGUAUCCCGCCAUCAAGCUGCGCAAUGUAAACCCAAGUCAGCUCCGGGCAGGGACAGUUUAUAUGUCUCGGCAAGGCCAUAGCUCAUUUCUAUAUCGUGUCUCCCUGGACAUUCCGACCGAUUACGACCCAGCCGAAGCGAGUCAAUACGGUUCCAGCGGCUACGCCCUCGUCACAAGCGAUGUCCUCUGUAAGGACUCCGAAAAGCCGAUCCCCUCUAUAUUCGGCAUUCUGAGAGGACAGACCCAGUCCGGCAUCCAUCGAUUGCAACACAUCUGUCUGGCCACUGUGGAGGCUCCAGACCAGAGCGAGGCUGAGAGGCAGAGCCUCAAGGGAAGCGGAUCGAGGGCUAUAGGUAUCUCGGCUAAUUCGGAAGAGGUGAUAUCGAACGAGGAGACUUCAGGUGAGUGGCUCAAGUCGAAAAAGAAUAAGUGGUGUAUCCUGUGA